CAAUUGGAUUAAAUCGCGACUUCAUUACGUCAUUAGGCGAUCAGGUGCGAGAAUGGCGAUUCGCGUCAAUUAGGAUUUAAAUCGUGUUGUGGGACUUAUGUAGAUAAUCAUUGGAAGAUUCGCUCUGAGGAAGGUGAGAAAUGAACAGUUCUGAAGAUUUCAAUUCCCCUACUAUUAUUUGUAAAAAUAAAACGGAUGUUAUUGAACAAAAUGAAGAAGUAAAAGAAAAAUUGUCAGAAGAAUUAAACAAUGCUUGUAAUCUUGAGAAAAAAAGGGAUUCUCUUCCUGAAGUAAUCAAUAAAUCUGAUAAAGAAAAACUUGAUUUGAACAGUAAGGAUGAAAUAUCAUUGGAUAAAGAUGCAAUAAAUAAACUCUCUUCAGGAUUAUUAUCUAUUUAUGUAGAUAAUUUGCAAAAUACAGCUAGUAAUUUAACAGAGCUUACGAGAAAUCAGAGUAUUUUAAUUGAAACUAUUCAGCAAGAAAAUACAAGAUUUACAGAAUGCACCAACUUGUACCAUUUGGAUGAUCUAUUUGCAAGAGCAAAGCAUUAUCAUUUGAAACUUCAAAAUAUUAAGAAAGAGAUGUCAGUUUUACAUGAACGAACUAAUAAAUUAAAGAAGAGGGCUCUUAAAUUACAACAGCAAAAACAAAAAGAGGCACUGCAGCGAGAACAACAAAAGGAACGCCUGCUAGAAUAUGAAAAACAGCUAAUACCCAAAUUGGCAUCAAAUAAAUAAAUAAAUGAAUUUCUAUGUAGUAAUAAUUUCUUCGGUCAUCUAUAAAUGUUAAUAGAACAUUUUUAUGUAGAUAUUGGUGUAAUAAUUUUAUAAAAUGACUAUUUUGAAUUGAUUAUUUAUUGGAUAAGAUAUUUGUUUUAUAAACAAUGUACAGCUUUCAAUGUGUAUUUUUUAAAAUUCAUAAUCUAAUAUUCAGUUUGAUUUUGAAAGCCACUAAUGUAUCAUAGUAAUCUAGUUACAAUUAUAUUUCUAACUUAUUAAAUUUAUUGUUAAUGUGACAAUGUAAUUUGAAGUAUUCAAUAAAACAAUCG